AUGACGGACCUAGAUCAGUCAAUCGAGCAAUGGAAGAUCAAGCAGCUCAUCAAGACACUCCAGGCGGCGAGAGGCAAUGGGACCUCCAUGAUCAGCCUCGUAAUUAAGCCAAAAGACGAAGUAACACGCAUCAGUAAAAUGCUUGCUGAUGAGUUUGGGACAGCCUCCAACAUCAAGAGCAGAGUCAACCGCCUCUCCGUCCUCUCUGCGAUUACAUCCACACAGCAGAGGCUAAAGCUGUAUAAUCGGACACCUCCCAAUGGUCUGGUAAUUUACUGCGGGACAGUUAUGACAGAUGACGGCAAGGAGAAGAAAGUCAACAUUGAUUUCGAGCCUUUCAAGCCCAUCAACACGUCCCUGUACCUGUGCGACAACAAGUUCCAUGUCGAGGCCCUUUCUGAACUGUUGGAGUCGGACGCAAAGUUUGGCUUCAUCGUAGUGGAUGGUAACGGUGCCCUUUUCGGAACUGUCCAGGGGAAUACGCGCGAGGUGCUGCAUCGGUUCACGGUAGACCUUCCAAAGAAGCAUGGCCGUGGUGGUCAAUCUGCCCUCCGUUUCGCGCGCCUGCGCAUGGAGAAGAGGCACAACUACGUCAGGAAGGUUGCAGAAACGGCAGUUCAGAUGUUCAUUACCCAAGAUAAGGUCAAUGUUGCUGGACUGGUUCUGGCGGGUUCCGCGGACUUCAAGAAUGACCUGGCGCUGAGCGACAUGUUUGACCAGCGGUUACAAGUGAAGGUUUUGAAGAUCGUUGACGUGUCGUAUGGUGGAGACAACGGCUUCAAUCAAGCCAUUGAACUUGCAUCAGAAACGUUGCAGAAUGUAAAGUUCAUUCAGGAGAAGCGUCUGAUCGGCCGCUUCUUCGAAGAGGUUGCUCAGGACACUGGAAAGUAUGUGUUUGGUAUUUCUGAGACACUGCAAGCCCUAGAAAUGGGCGCAGUCGAUAUCCUCAUAGUGUAUGAGGCGUUGGACACCCUAAGGAUCACGUUGAAGAAUCAGACAAGCGGGGAGGAGAAAGUUGUGCAUGCGAGCCCUGAGGAAGCCCGCAAGGACUCGUUCUUCAAGACAGAUGAGGGUGACGAGCUCGAGAAUGUUGAACAGCAGCCCUUGACGGAAUGGAUCGUUAACAACUACAAAAACUUUGGGGCGAAUCUCGAGUUUGUAACGAACAAGUCUCAAGAGGGCUCUCAGUUUGAAAAGGGCUUCGGUGGCCUCGGAGGCAUUCUGAGAUACAAAGUGGAGUUUUGCGACGAGGAGGAGCCAGCGCACCUCGAUGGGGAUGAGGAAUUCAUCUAA